UGAAGACAAUAAUCAGUAAUCAGUACGCACUCGUUACAUAUUCCAUUGUCCGGAAGCUACAUCAAUCCUAAAAUUCAAAAUGAAGGUCUUUUUGGUUCUGUUCUCAGUCUGCCUGGCUGCUGUUAUGGCCCAACAGAUAUCUGAUAUUCAGAAGGAGACUCUCAGGGAGAACAGAGAUGCCUGUAUUACAGAGACAGGCGCUGAUAGGGCUGAGGUGGACAAUGCCUACAAGAACGAAUGGGUUGACAAUGAGAAGCUCCGCUGUUUCGCUUUAUGUCUGCUGAAAAAGUGGAAGAUGAUGGACGAUCAAGGCAAAUUAGAUGAGACUAUGGCCCGCGAGAGGAUGGGUAAAGUGAUGCCGCCUGCCAAAGUAGACGAACUUAUGACGAAGUGCAAGGAUCUGAAGGGCUCCAAUCCUUGUGAGACUGGAUACAUGAUGAUGAAGUGCUACACUGGUAAUAUCGCUCCUGCUGCUGUCUAAAUUUCAAAUGAUUUUUUUAUUACAGUACAAACAACUAUGGUGUAAUUGUACUUUCUCAGUGAUCGGUGGACCGAUUUGUCAAUAAAUUAUCGAGAUAUCUUUGAGCAAU